AUGUGCUCCACAGCCUCCAUCCUCAACCUGUGCAUGAUCAGUGUGGACCGCUACUGGGCCAUCGCCAGCCCCUUCAAGUACGAGCGCCGCAUGACCCACCGUGUGGCCUGCGUCAUGGUGGGCGUGGCCUGGACCCUCUCCAUCCUCAUCUCCUUCAUCCCUGUGCAGCUCAACUGGCAUCAGGAGGUCCGGGAGCAGCAGGAGUACCAGGAGCAGAUCCUGCUCCAGGGGAACUCCAGCGGGGGCUACAGCGUGAACAGCAGUGGGGGCGGAGUGCAGAGCUGUGUGGCUAACCUAAACCGCACCUACGCCAUCUCCUCGUCCCUGAUCAGCUUCUACAUCCCCGUGCUCAUCAUGGUGGCCACCUACACGCGCAUCUACCGCAUCGCGCAGACGCAGAUCCGCCGCAUCGCGUCCCUGGAGCGGGCGGCGGAGCAGGCGCAGCAGCAGCAGACUCCGGACCUGCGACUGCAGGACGAGGCCUCGCUCAAGUCCUCCUUCAAGAAAGAGACCAAAGUCCUGAAGACGCUGUCCAUCAUCAUGGGCGUGUUCGUCUUCUGCUGGCUGCCCUUCUUCGUGCUGAACUGUACCGUGCCGUUCUGCGACCCGCCGUGCGUCAGCGACACCACCUUCACCGUGUUCGUGUGGUUCGGUUGGGCCAACUCCUCGCUCAACCCCGUCAUCUACGCCUUCAACGCCGACUUCAGACGAGCCUUCAGCACCAUCCUGGGCUGCAGCCGCAUCUGCCCCAGCAACGCCGUGGAGGCCGUGAACUUCAGCAACGAGCUGGUGUCCUACCACCACGACACCACACUGCACAAAGAGCCCCUGAUGCCCUCCCAGACUCUGCAGGGGGCGGAGCAGCGGCUGGAGGGGAUGGGCGCCACGUUUGACGAAGAGUCACUCAUCUCCAACUGUUCACGAGGACACGACCAACUGCUGCUGGACGAACCAGAGAUCUCACUGGACACCAUCACUCCCUACACCCACCUCCUCCCAGGCCAGGUCCACAGGGACUGA